GAAAUUUACAAUGCUCUUGUCAGUAAACAGCAGCAGCUAUGACAAGCCACCUGCCAGCUCUCUUGCUCUCUCUAAUUACUGUUAUCCUACCCCCGAGAUAUGGCUGCAUGGACAUUAUUGGAGGAUGUGUUGUGCAUCCUCAUUCCUGGCCUUAUAUGGCUGCUAUCCAGAGAAAGAAUUUAACUGUGUGUGGAGGAGCUCUUGUGGAAAAGCAAUGGGUUUUGACAGCAGCGCAUUGCAAAUUAAACAAAUCAGAAGUUAGAGUUGUUCUUGGAGCCCAUCAAGCAUCCAAAGCUGAAAAAGAACAACAGAUAUUUGUUAUGGUUAUGCACUACUUUCCGCAUCCUCAGUUUGACAGAUCUUCCAAGGAAAAUGAUAUAAUGCUCCUCAAGCUGAGUGGUAUUGUAAAGCAGAAUAAAUAUGUGGAACCUUUGUCUCUGCCUGACUAUUAUGAAGAUAUCAAACCUGGCACAACGUGCAAAGUGGCCGGCUGGGGACUCACAUCUUCAGGAAAGCCAUCAAAAUAUCUUCGUGAAACAACUCUUGAAAUUGUUGGUAGAAAAAGCUGUGAAAGCAAAUAUAGAAAGUACACAAAAAUAACCAGCAACAUGUUGUGUGCUGUAGGGAAAAAAUUUUCAAAGGCAGAUGCUUGCGAGGGAGAUUCAGGUGGGCCGUUAAUCUGUGCUGAUCAAUACAGUGGGAUCGUUUCUUUUGGAAAAAGAUGUGGAAGCAGAAACAUGCCUGGAGUUUAUACACGCCUGACUGAAGAAUAUAUUGACUGGAUAAAAAAAAUAAUUUCCCUUCACAGAGAUCAAUGAGACAGGCAAAACAGUUUUAAUAAAUACUGUGCUGUGCAUUAGAAGUAGAUGCCGCUGCUUUAGUGCGCCACCUUUAAAGAGCACAUCCCAGCUGUACAGCUUUACUAACAUUGCCACAGCUUUAUAAGAACAGUUCAAAAUAUUCCCCUUUGUACAGAUAACAUGUUUAUUCAUCUUUAGUAGGAAACUGCCUCUUAGAUAACACAAUUUGUUUUGGACUUCGCCCUACUUCUUAGUGUGAUGGGAAAGUACGGCUCACCUUGUUCAUUGUGCCUGGGAUAAGGCAACAUUUUUGAACGUGUACUUACAGAAAAAUUCAAUUUCAGUGAUAGUGAAUGAGAUGUCUGGUGAAUGAGAAAAAACAGAACAAAAGCGUUAAGUGUUCAAAUAUUUUGCUGUGACAUUAUUCAAAACCAAAUACUUCAAUUCUCUGUUACUAAAUAUUUGUUAAAUUAAUUUUCAAAGAGUUAAAGUACGAAAUAGAUAAAUAUUUUUCCAAUUGAUCUUUAAUUAUGAGAGAGGAGAAAAAAUAAUCUUUUUUUUCUAGAUUACUUUUUCUUUUUUUUUUGUGAUCAAAUCAACAAAAUCAUCUAUUCUCACAGCUUGGUUCAUGAUCUCACCCUUUCGGCGAAUGGUCUGUUGAAAAAAGUAUAAAUACUGAUUGCAAUGGGAGUAAUUACACUUCUCUAGCACAGUGCCUGUGUAACAUCUGUCAAAACAAACAGGAAUUUUGCUAUGGAUUUCAACAGAACUCUACUAACAGAAAGACAUGAUAUGUUUCUGAAGAAGCCUGUGGUUAAUUUGGUGUAUUCCCAUUAUCGUCCUAAUAUUCUCAAAGUCUUUUUUUGCCAGCAGUUUAGAAGUGGCCAUCUGCUGGGCUUCUCUGCUUCUUUGGUUAUUGGAGUAAUAUGUA